AUGUUUCAGGGAGGCAAUCAUGCCGCGUUCGAAUGGGGUGCUUGCGAUCCGACCUUGGUGCAAGAUCCCAACGUCUCGUGCAGCUUCUUCGAGAUCCCUCUCGACUACCACAACGCCAAAGCAGGAACCGGGCGGCUCGCAGUCGCCAAAGUAAACGCCACCGGGGAACGACUGGGAACCGUCUUUUUCAACCCAGGUGGACCCGGAGCCUCUGGGCUAGCAACCAUGAAUGAGGCGAGCACGCUGCUUCUCGCCCUUACCGGCGGAAACUACGACAUUGUCAGUUGGGACACGCGUGGCGUUGGUACACUCACUAUCCCUGGAGACAUAGUCUGCUUCGACAAUGUGACAGACUACAACGCCUUCUGGAACGGCACGAUCCAACUCGACGGCAUCGAGUAUACCGGGAAAUUUACCGAUCCUGCUGACACGAAAGCGUUGCUCGCUCAGGCGACGGUCAUGGGGCGCAAGUAUACGGAGCUCGGGAAGCGUUGCCAGCAGCACCCCACGGGAAAGUACAUGAAGUACAUCGGGACGGCCGCUACGGUGCGCGACAUGAUCGCGCUUGCGGAUGCACUCGAUGGGCCUGGGAGCCUGGUGAACUACGCAGGUAUCUCGUAUGGCACGCUGCUGGGUGCGUGGUUCGUGAACAUGUUUCCCAAGCGGGUCGGAAGAGUCCUCCUCGACGGCGUACUCAACCCGCAACUCGUCGCGACCCAAGAGUCGCACAAGGUCUGGCCGCAGCAGCUUUCAGAUACCGACAAGGCGUACGAAGCGUUCGUCGCCGGAUGCGCGCUCGCCGGACCGUCAGGCUGUGCGAUCGCCACCGCCAACGCGUCCGCUGCGGACGUCGACGCGACCAUCCAGACGAUCCUCAAGCAGGCACACGAUGCCACGCGCAAGAACGCGUCCGUUGCGGUGACGUCCGCGGACAUCCGCAGUGCACUGCUGUCGGCGAUGUACUUCCCGGCUACCUGGGCGGACCUCGCGAACACGACCUUCCCCGAGAUUGCCGCCGCCGUCCAGGGCGACCUCGCCUUCAGACGUCCGCUGAGCGCGCUCCUUCGUCUGCACAGUGUUCGGAGGCAUCUAUCGGACGAAGCGGAGACGUACGGUGGCAUCGCGGUCGCGUGCAGCGACAGCAUUGAUCCACGGGGAACCUCGAUGAAGGACGUGUUCAAGAACACGAUUGCCGCGACUCAAAGCGCCAACGGCUCUCACCUUUUCACCCCCGUCUGGCCAAUCUCGUGGAACUACUGCCCGUUCUGGCCCGUGCGCGCCGUGGAGAGGUACACGGGGCCGUUCAAUAAGAAGCUCGCGAACAAGGUUCUGAUCGCCAACAACCGGUUGGACGCGGCCACGCCUCUGAAGGGCUCCCAGGCGCUCUCCAAGAUUAUGGGGGACAACGCGGCCCUCAUCGUCCAGGAGGGAAUUGGGCACACCACGCUUUACUCGCCCUCCCAGUGCAUGAACGAUAUCCUGUUCACGUACAUGACCACUGGCGCAGUCCCGGACGGAAACGACACGACGUGUGAGGUCAAUACGGACUUUGAGUUGUUCGAUGGGGUGAACACCGAGGCGAUUAUGGCCGCGCUUGCCGCAUAG